AUGGGAAAAAAGAAAAAGGCGACAAAUUCUGCUCGCGGUUUUGCAACCACAAGUACCCCAUCUAAAGCAAAAAAUGUAACUCCAAGUGAACUCAUUGAUAAAGAAAAUCCAAAAAAAGCAAAAAUUGGUUCGGAGAAUACUUCUACAAAAAUAGUAACGGAUUCAACUGAAGAUAUUGAGUCGCAAAGAUAUAUUGAAAAAUUACGUGACUUGAAUUCAAUUAAAGUUGAAGCUUAUUUUGAAGAAACAGAAAAGAUAAAGAAUAGGGUUGAUAAGUUACCCGUCUUGAAACUUGAUGCUAAUAUUGAACAAGCAGUUAUUAAACAUAUUAAAAAAAUUGGAUAUCAAGAACAAGUAAAUGAUAAAAUCGAUAGUAAAGUUGAUCGAGAACAAGUUCUCGUAAAAUUAGAUAUUAUAUAUUUAAUUUUGAAGCGACUUGGAUUUUUAAAACGUGAUGUUGAAACAUGUAUAAGGAAAAUUUGUAGUUUGGAAGUACAAUCUGCCUUGGAUUGGUUAUGUAUAAAUGUCUCUUCUGAAUCCUUACCCAUUGGUUUUGCAGAUAAAUUAUAUCAUGAAGAUGAAACUGACAUAACUUUUGUUCGUACAAGUUCUUCUCUGCAGACACCAGUUGGAAAGACUGAACCACUAACUCAAAAUGUGCAAACACAAAAUCAAAAUGUGUCAACUCAAAAUGAAAAGACUAAUCUCCCAAAUAGAGAUGUUCUUCGAUCAACAAAAUCUACAAAAUCUGCAAUGCUGGAUGAAAAAUUAAAAUCAUUAACACUAAAUGCACUUGAAAAUAUUAAUUCUGAUUCUGAGGAAGAAAAUGAUCCUAACAUGAAAUAUGCAAUAUUGAAAUAUGAAUUGAUGGGGAAAUCAGCAAUUUUGAAAAAAUUAGAAAAGUCUAAAAACAACAAAAACAAUAAUACUAAAUGUGAUUUAAUAUUAAAUCAAAUCAAUAAACUUAAUUCACAAAUCAAAUUAAUUGAGCAAGAUUAUUUAUUUCGUAAAAAGAUCGCUGAUAAUAUAUACAAUAAAAAAAUAAAAAACUCUGAUUUUAAAGAAUUUGAUAUAGACUCUGAUGAUGAGGAGGAAGAAGGAAUUGAGAAAAAGGAAGAUAAAGAUGCUAUUGAUGAUCAUGAGAAUUUCCUUGGUUUUUCAAUCAAAGAUGAAGAAGAUGGAGAUUUAUUUGGUGGAUUAUUGGAUAUUCCAAUUUCUACUACUGAUGAUAAUAAUAAUAUUAAUUUAGUGGAAGUGGAAACAACGGAUAAAGCGAAUAAUACUUCUUGCACUCUCCGAGAUAUGCCAGUUCCUCCUUCUUGGACCGGUAAAUUGCCCAAAGAUAUAUUACAAGAAUUCUGUCGGAAGAUAGAUUCUAAAGUACUUGUUACUUUUAGCAAAGAACCAACAAUUGGUGGAAAUUCUAUUAUGAAAGCAAAAGUAAAUAUUUCUUGGAGUAAUGGAAAAUCAGAUGCUUUUAUUAUGAAAGAUGAAGGAUGUCGUACAUUUGAAGAAGCUAAAAAUUAUGUUUCUACAUUAGCAUUGUUUGAAUUGACAAACCUUCCCUUAUAUAUGGCAUUUCCACCUUCAUAUAGUGAUUUAUGGAAAGAAUUAAUUCAGGCUAAAAAUAUAGCUGCUAAUAAAAACAUGAUUGCAACAGAAGAAGAGCGAAUGAAGUUUUUAUUAUCUGUUGUUGAUAAUAAAGUUAAAGAAGUAAUGAAGAUUCAAGAAGUCACGAAAAAUGAUACGAUUUCGCAAGAGUCGAAUAUGAUGCCUACUAAAAUUGUGCCAAUUUCUAAAGAUACUAAAAUUUCGGAUGAAGGAAAAGCUAUUAAAAAAGCAUUUGAAAAUAGACAAACAAGCAAGCCUUAUAAGGAUUUACUAAAUGUGCGUAAACAACUACCGAUGUAUUCCUAUCGAGAAGAAUUGUUGAAAGAAUUAAAUCAAAAUCAAGUUGUUAUUGUUUCUGGAGAAACUGGAUGUGGUAAAAGUACACAAGUACCACAAUUCAUUGCUGAACAUAUGAUUAUGAAUGAAGUCGGGGAUCAUUGUAAUAUCUUAUGUACUCAGCCAAGAAGAAUUUCAGCAAUUUCAAUUGCUCAUCGCGUCUCACUCGAAAUGGGAGAUGCACCAGGAACUACUGGUUCAACAAAAUCUUUGGUUGGUUAUCAAAUUCGAUUAGAGUCGCGUAUAUCACGUUCUAAUGUGAUGACAUUUUGUACAAACGGUAUAUUGCUUCGAAGACUUGAGGGUGAUGGAUUAUUAAAUGGUGUUAGUCACAUAAUUGUUGAUGAAGUUCAUGAGAGAACACUUGAAAUUGAUUUCUUAUUGAUAAUUCUUAAGAAUCUAUUACAAAAACGACACGACUUAAAUGGAUGUCCUCUUGUUGAAGUUCCUGGGCGUACAUUCCCUGUAGCAAUCAAAUAUCUUGAAGAUGUUAUAGAGGAAACAGAAUAUAUGAUCAAUGAAGGCGAUGAAUAUGCAAGAAAGGUUUAUAGGAAAAUAAAAGAUGAAGGGACGAUAACCAUAGGGAGAGGUGAUAGUUUACAAAAACUUAAUUAUGAAUUAGAAGAAGAUCGUGACAUGAAUGAUGAUUUUGAAUUUCCUGAUGAAGAAUUAUUUUCAUCAUAUUCACAACGUACUCGUUCAGUCUUGAGAAGAAUCGAUCAUGAAAAAAUAAAUUAUGAUCUUAUUUUAAGUCUCCUCAGAUAUAUUUGUAUAUCAAAAGAUGAUAAGAGUUUGAAUACUGACAUUCCUCCUGACGGAGCAAUAUUAGUAUUCUUGCCUGGUAUGCCUGAAAUUAUAAAAUUAUAUGAUUUAUUAAUGUGUGAUAGGCAUUUCGAAGAUGAAACACGCUUUUUGGUGUUUCCAUUACAUUCUUUAAUAUCUUCGGAGAAUCAAGGAAGAGUAUUCGAAAUUCCACCAAAAGGUGUAAGGAAAAUUGUUUUGGCUACAAAUAUUGCAGAAACUGGAAUUACGAUUUCCGAUGUGACGGUAGUUAUUGAUACUGGAAAAGUAAAUUUAGUUAGAUAUAAUAAACAGAAAAGAAUUACUACUUUAGAAGAAACAUUUGUGGCAAAAGCGAAUGCUCGUCAACGUCGAGGUAGAGCUGGUAGAAUUCGAGAAGGAAUAUGUUUUCAUUUGUUCACAAAAUGGAAACAUGACUAUAAUAUGUUAGAUUAUGAACCUCCAGAAAUAUUAAGAUUACCUUUACAAGAAUUGUGUCUCAAAAUUAAAAUAUGUGGAAUGGGUGAUAUUAAUGAUGUAUUAACGAUGGCAAUAGAUCCUCCAACACCACAAGCGAUUGAAGAUGCUAUUUCAUCUUUGCAAGAGGUAACUAUAUAA